AUGGUUUUCGUGGUCCAGGCCCAAACUGGUCACCAGAUGUUUGCACAAUUCGUGGUCCAGGCCCAAAACGUGCCUGGACCACGAAUCCUCCAAACAUCUGGUCACCAGAUGUUUGGACAAUUCGUGGUCCAGGCCCAAAACGUGCCUGGACCACGAAUCCUCCAAACAUCUGGUCACCAGAUGUUUGGACAAUUCGUGGUCCAGGCCCAAAACGUGCCUGGACCACGAAUCCUCCAAACAUCUGGUCACCAGAUGUUUGGACAAUUCGUGGUCCAGGCCCAAAACGUGCCUGGACCACGAAUCCCCCAAACAUCUGGUCACCAGAUGUUUGGACAAUUCGUGGUCCAGGCCCAAAACGUGCCUGCCCACGAAUCUCCAACAUCUGGUCACCAGAUGUUUGGACAAUUCGUGGUCCAGGCCCAAAACGUGCCUGGACCACGAAUCCUCCAAACAUCUGUCCAAACAUCUGGUCACCAGACGUUUUGGGCCUGGACCACGAAUUGUCCAUGUAAGCUGAGCAAAGCAUAA